AAUAACUACGAAAAAAAUGACUCUGGAGACAACAACCACAAAGAUGAAUGUAACCUUAGUGAUCGAAAUAUUUUGUCCUCCCACCAAUCCAUUGUCAAACAUGCUGGCCGAAUUCCUAACAUUCGGCAUCAGUCUAUCUUCGAACGUGAACUGGAGCCAUCCGUUUCUCUUUCUGGGUUCUCACUAAGCCGUCAGCAGAGCUUCGAAUCUGGCUGCAAAGUUGGAUCCAGCCAAACCAGCUCAGCCAGGAAAACUAGGAUACGACACGGGAGACAACAGUCUGCAAAAUGGCGAAAGGGCACCGAAAUAAGUGGCUGUAAAGUUGGCUUUGAUGAUCGAAGACGUCAAUUAUCUCAGCUUAUGCGCCGAGGACCUACAGUGUUGCGGUUUGGUCAGCUAAAUUGGCUGACUAACAAUAAUCAGGCUUCAACGUUCGCCCUCCACGUACACCCACCUCCAAGAUUGUCGCGUGUACGCGCGCCACGGGCCCCUGAUGAGGAGGUCGAUGAAAUAAUGGCCAUGGCUGGCAGAGCUCGGUCGCUAGGCCAAAUUUUGUACCUACUGAAUGAAAAUUAA